CCGCGCCAUUGUGACGUCACGGUCAGCCCACGUUCUGAUUGUAGAUACCCGGCGCCUUCCUCUUCCCAUCGCCGCGGUGCCUCGCUGCCGGCGCCUCCCUCCAACAUCCUUCCCCGCUCGGGCUGCCACGGGUGCUCCUGCUGCCGCCUCGCCGCUUCUCCGAGCUGCUGCUGCCGCCCGUGGGGCCAAGAGGAGAUUGACAAGAAAAUGAUCCAAAGGAUAGAAGAAAGCACAGUUUUUAUUUUUCAUCAUGCAGUUUUAAAAUGGAAAAUUUUGAUGCAUCACUGAGUCCCUAUUUCAGGGCUUUGCUGGGCCCCCGAGAUACCAGAGUAAAAGGAUGGUUUCUUCUGGACAAUUAUAUACCUACUUUUAUCUGCACUGCCAUAUACCUACUAGUUGUAUGGCUGGGACCAAAAUACAUGAGGACGAGGCAGCCGUUCUCUUGCCGGGGAAUUUUAGUGGUGUAUAACCUUGGACUCACAUUGCUGUCUCUCUUUAUGUUCUAUGAGUUAGUGACAGGAGUAUGGGAAAACAAUUACAACUUCUUCUGUCAAGGCACACGCAGCGCGGGAGAAGCAGAUAUGAAGAUCGUCGAAGUCCUCUGGUGGUACUACUUCUCCAAACUCAUCGAGUUCAUGGACACCUUCUUCUUCAUCUUGCGCAAGAACAACCACCAGAUCACGGUCCUGCACGUGUACCACCACGCCACCAUGCUGAACAUCUGGUGGUUUGUCAUGAACUGGGUCCCCUGUGGCCACUCUUAUUUUGGUGCCACACUGAACAGCUUCAUCCAUGUCCUCAUGUACUCGUACUAUGGUCUGUCGUCCAUCCCUUCCAUGCGUCCGUACCUUUGGUGGAAGAAGUACAUCACUCAGGGGCAGCUGCUUCAGUUUGUGCUGACAAUCAUCCAGACCAGCUGUGGGGUCAUCUGGCCGUGUACGUUCCCUCUCGGUUGGUUGUAUUUCCAGAUUGGAUACAUGAUUUCUCUGAUUGCUCUCUUCACAAACUUCUACAUUCAGACCUACAACAAGAAGAGCGCCUCUCGGAGGAAAGAGCGCCUCAGGGAGCACCAGAACGGGUCGGUGGCCGCCGUGAAUGGACACACCACCAGCUUUUCCUCCCUGGAGAACAAUGUGAAGCUGAGGAAGCAGCGGAAGGAUUGAAGUUGCAGAGUUGCAAACCUCCAAAUCACUUCGUCUGAUUGUAAGCACAAUAUGAGUUGUGCCCGACGCUCGUGAACAGCUGCUGUAACUAGGCCUACAGUGAGAUUCGUGUGGGGCCUCUUUCAUCAGUUCAAACCCUUAGAAAACGUACACCAAUUAUACAAGUAGGCAUAAGAUUUUUAACAUUUCUGGACUCUCUCCGACCCCUGCGCUAGACUCUGGAGGGAGCGUUAUUGUAGUAUACGACACUGCUGUUGCCUUAUUAGUUAUAACAUGAUAGGUGCUGAAUUGUGAUUCACAAUUUAAAAACACUGUACUCCAAACUUUUUUUUUUUACUGUAGAUCAUGCAUGUGAUUGUAAAUUUGUACAACGUUGUUACAGUAGAGAAACACACAUGCCUUAAAAUUUAAAAAGCAGGGCCCAAAGCUUUUUAGUUUAAAUUAGGGUAUGUUUCAAGUUUCUAUUCGUUUUUAAUAGCUCUGUUUAGAAAAGUCAAAGACGGCGAUUUGUGAAACGAACGUGUGACACGUAAUUUCAAGUGACUUGUACGUGUGAAGUCAGAAACGGCACCUUCGGUUUUGUAAUAUUGGCUUUAAAUCAGGCAAGCCUCAAAUGUAGUGGAACAGUCAGUUUAACUUUUUAACAGAUCUUAUUUUUUUAUUUUGAGUGCCACUAUUAAUAAUGUACAAAAAAAAAAAGUACGGGGGGCUCUAAAGCAGUCUUGAAACUUAAAUAUAUAUUCUUUGUCUUCAAGAUUUUAGGAAGUGUAUAGGAUGAGUAGGUCAUUUUUAAUUUGUAAAGUACUAAGUGUUUUUAUACGGAAAGCAAAGCCCACUUUGCUUUCCACUCCUGAGAGAGAGGAUGUGUACUUUUCAAGAGAGAUGACUGAAUAUUUACCGUUUGACAGAGUCCCAUAGAUGAGCAAUGGGGAACUGGUGGCCAGGGUCUAAAUUUGGAUUGAUUACUGCUAUCUGUUUUGACGCAAACUUCCUUUUAAAAUGUGCCUAGCUUACCAAAAUUAACAAAGGGGGGAGGGGAAGGACCUUAAAAAAAAUUUAAGGUAAAGUUAAACAGAUAGCUACAGCAUAAGAAAUUGGAUGGAGAUCAUUUAUUUAACGUCAGUCUAAUAGCACCUGUCAUCUUUUCUGCUUAGAAUCUGAAGAUUUGUUUAGAACCGCUUAUCUCAAAACGAUAGACUGCUUAUCUUAAAAUCAUGUCUUGCACCCUUGAGGGCAGUGGUCAAACAGAUGAAGACUAUUUUGUGUGUCAUUUUAAAGUGUUGGAGUUUAGUCUCUGAAUACCUUCUCCAUUGUGGGGGGGACACAUUCAUUGAACCACUCAUGGCACAUCUUAGAAGGUCAUUGACAAUGUAUAAACUAAUUGUUUUGAUAUUUAUGUAAAUACCAGUUUAUCAUGCUUUAAUUUUGCACAUUCAUAUCAUAGGGAGCCGACUGGUUCUCUUAUUAGUCUUUUGUGGAUUGUCUGUGUGGAAGGAGUCACAGCAUCUGUUUACAUUUACCUUAUCAAAUCUAGAAUGUGUAUGUUUGUAAAUGUAUGUCCUUCUAGGUACUAGUUUGCGAAUGUCUUCGCAUAUUUCAAUACAAAAACUAGAACAUUCAAUAGUGUACUAUCAGAGUGUGCUUUCGCUCAUCUGGAUAUACCCACACUGUUAAAUAAUGUCUAAACAUUAAUCAUUAAAACAUUUUUGAUGACCUGUG